UUGGCGGUCGAAGAAUGCCAUUCAAAGUGUGGGUGGAACUAGCUGUCUUACUGCCUACUGGUCGUCCUAGCACCUUAUAACUCAGAUUGGCGUCCAACAAACUACGUCUGCCGGUGACAGACAUGGUACGAAGUGAACACCGCUGGUGUACUUGCUAAAACUGGACUGUAAAACAACGGCGGCAAACAAAACUACGGAAAGAUACGAUAGUUCGAAAGGAUCUGCUUUAUUUAGUUGGCUGUUAGAGCGAAGUUAUUUAAAUACACUCACCGGUGUCUCGCCUCGUAUGUCUUGUUUGGACAGUAGAACUGUUGUUGCUUAUGCCGCUAAGUAGCUAUGCAGAAAGGUAGCUAGACGGCUAGAAGUUCACGCAGUAGCUAAGUUGUUUUUUCCAUUUCUUUACAUUUCAGUUUUUUAUGAAUAAUCGAAGGCAUAUGUGACCGUUUUAUUUCUUACUUCUCUUACUUUUGCUUGCAACAUGGCAGAAGCAUCGCAGCAACAAUUGGUAGAGAUCGACCCGGAUUUUGAGCCGCUUUCACGGCCCCGUUCAUGUACCUGGCCCCUUCCUCGUCCAGAAUUUAACGACCCCGCGAACUCUAAUACAUCCUCGCCGGUACCCUCUGUGAAGCAGGAGCCGGGGGCAAAUGUCGAUUUCAUCAAUAACCUGAGUUUGUUAGAAGAGACCGAAGACUACCCAGAACAGAAAACUCUCGCAUUGUGCAAUGAUUUUCAGUGCCGGGAGAACUGCAUCCACCAACAGACACAGCAUCAGCAGCGGCAACAGCAGCUCCCCAGCCCCCAGAUCCCGCACCAGCAACAGGUGCCACCGCUGUCUUCUCCCAUUGGCACAACUUCCUCGGUCGCCGCCGCCGCAGCUCAGAGGAAGAGCAGCUCAUCUCGUCGUAAUGCCUGGGGAAAUAUGUCUUACGCUGAUCUCAUUACCAAGGCGAUAGAGAACUCCCCGGAGAAGCGGCUGACCUUGUCACAGAUCUACGACUGGAUGGUGAAGAGCGUACCUUAUUUUAAGGACAAGGGUGACAGCAACAGCUCUGCUGGUUGGAAGAAUUCCAUCAGACACAACCUGUCCCUGCACAGCCGGUUUGUCCGGGUGCAGAACGAGGGCACGGGGAAGAGCUCAUGGUGGAUGCUCAACCCAGAGGGAGGCAAGAGCGGGAAGUCCCCCCGCCGUCGGGCCGCCUCCAUGGACAACAACAGCAAGUUUCCUAAAAGCCGAGGGCGGGCCGCCAAGAAAAAGGUGUCUCUUCAGGGUGGGGUGGACGGCGGAGCAGACAGCCCUGGCUCCCAGUAUUCCAAGUGGCCUGGCAGCCCCAACUCCCACAGCAACGACGACUUUGAUGCCUGGACCAGUUUCCGGCCACGAACCAGCUCAAACGCCAGCACCCUGAGCGGCCGUCUCUCGCCCUUCAUGCCCGAGCAGGAUGACCUGGUGGACCCUGAUGUGCACCUGGUCUACCCUGGUGGGUCGGGAGGCAAAAUGGCCGCCACCUUGCCAAGCCUCUCAGAGGCUGCCGGAUCGAUGGGCCGUCACGGCUCAGAGAAUGCCAUGGAGAGCCUUCUCGAUAACCUCAACCUCCUCUCACCCAACAAUGCCCAGGUUGGGGCAGGGGGUGGGGGUGGAGCCAGCAAUGGCUCCGCCCAGUCCUCCCCAUCCUCUAUGAUGCAGGCCAGCCCGGGGUACCCACCCUACAGAUCUCCAAAUAUGGUCUCCCAACAGCCCCCGCAACAGGACUACCGAAAGUGUCUGUACGGGCAGGCAGGGGUGAACGCCAUGUCUCCCAUGCCCAUGCAGGCCCUGCCUGAGAGCAAGUCCGGGUUCAGCUCCUACCUGGGCCAGUACAGCUGCCCCGCAGGGCUCCUCAAGGAGCUCCUUAUAGACGGCGACCCCAGUGCCGAACUCAUGCCAUCGGUGGAGACGGUCGCUCCCCAGUCCAGCGGGGGCCGCAUGAUUCCCACCUACAGCGGCCAGCAGGCCCAGCUGGGACACGGGGGCAAGAUGAUGAGCCAGCACCCCCACCAGCAUCCUCACAUGCUCCAAGGCCAAGCCCCGCCCACCACCACCACCGUGAACGGCCACACGCUCCUCUCCUUGGGGGGCAUGACCCGUGCUGGAGUGCCCGCACGCCUGGCCUCCGCCACCAAGUCCCACCUGCACCUCCCCCCCCACGCCCACCAGCCCCACCUGGCCGCCCCUCCCGGAUACCGCGCCCUCCACAGCAACGGAUACUGUCGUCCCCCUGGCCCGCCCCAGCAGCCUCACCCCCAUCACCACUCCCACCUGCUGCACCCUGACCGGCUGCCUAGCGACCUGGAUGACAUGUCCAUCGAGCGCUUCGAGUGUGACGUGGAGUCCGUCCUGCACGACGCGCUCAUGGAUGGAGACUCCCUGGACUUCAACUUCGACCCCUCUGUCGCCCCCCAGGGGUUCCCCCAUGGUGUCAAGACCACCACACACAGCUGGGUCUCGGGGUAGGGGCCCCGUGACAGAUGUGGACGUGCAAGCAUGCGGCAGGUUAUAUCUAUAAAAGAAAACACCUCACACUCAGCUGGACUUUCAUCAGGAAAAUGGAAAAAAGCAAUCCAAAGAAACCAUUCUCCUCCUCUACCUUGAGUCAUGAUUUUUUUUUAAACAGAAGGAUCUUGUCAGAUUUGGCAGCGUGUGGACUUUUCCUGUCCCGGAUAUGUUGCGCAUUGUGUUCAGGUUAUGUGCUGCUUUAUAUAUUUUUUCAAACAUCUACUGCCUUUGGAACUCUCAUUGUGAACAAGUGCCAAACACUUUGCGUGACCAUCAUAGUUUGAGUUUAUUUACGUUGCCUUUUGGAUAUCAGUAAUACAUGCUCUUUCUACAAAAAGUGCCUACAUAACCUUUGGUUUGCAACUGCAGGAGCAUCGGACAUGGGCAUUGCACACACAAACACAUGCACACGUGUGCUCCAAACAAGUUUGAAGGAAACCCGCUGUUCCAUUUUUUUUUUCGUGUGUGUGUUUUGUUUAAGCCCUUUAAGUCAACACGAGUGAUGUCCUUCAGCAGUGAUUCAGAUAUGUCAUAAUGUACCAGCACAGUACAAAUAAAAUUCCGUUCUGUGUGAAAAUAAUCCGUUCUGCCGGGAAAGUAAACUAGCACGUAUGUUUAGGCUAUGGUGGCACGUACAGUAAAUACUACAGUGUGGACAGGAUCAGUCAAAGCAGGAUGUGGAAGAUAUGAAUGAGUCUGUAGUGACUCUCGGGACAUUUAUCUGUUCAUCACCACACAUUUUUGGUGUUUAUUUUUUAAAAUUCUCACUGUAUUUUUAGGUAUACUGCAUUGAGUAGUAUGUUGUUCUUGUACGGCAAGUUUACAGAACUGUGACAAAAAAAGAAUCAGGACAAGCAAUUUGGGUUUUAUUUGGAAAACAGAAAAAAGUAUUGAAAAAUGAAAGUUCCAUUUCGAGUUGGAUUUUUCUCCUAUUGAAGGUGCUUUUUAACGAGGCUGUUAGCAAGCUUGAUAUUUGCUUGAUAUUACUGUGCUUGUACAUGGAUGAAACAUGUUUUAAACAUAGACAUACAUAUAUGUUUUUCUGUGUUUAAUGCAUAUACUAUAUAUGUGCAUAUAUGUGUUUCAGAUGCAGAUUAUAUACAGUGCAUUUUUAAAAAUGUAUUUUUCUUUCUCCUGGUUUUCCAGCCCUGUAUUCUUUAGAGUUGUUGUUUUCCGCAUUGAAAGCAGCGUUUGCUCUGAAUAUCAGAGAUUGGGUCUCUGGUAUGUGGGGGAAUUGUUGAAACCCGUUGGCUGUCUUGGACCUCCACAGCAGCAGUUCUCUUCCUUAGUGCUGGAGUGUCCCUCCAUUUGCUGGUUUAAAUUCCAUGCUAUAAUUCCUUAAUUAUAAAUCCAAAUCAUUGUUUUGAAUUAGACGCUUUUAAUGUCUAACGAGGGAUGGGUUGCCCUAUUAAUGUCAAAGUAAAUGGUAGUGAGGCAAACCUGCUUUGUGUUAAAUGUUUUUCAGCAGAAAAUUGUGGAACUUACAUGUUUUCAACCUUACUUGAUCAAGAGAGUGGAUGGAAACCAUCGUAUACAAGUUACUCCAAGAUUAGGUCUGGCGUGCGUUCAACAAGGCAAACAUUUGCGUCAAACUACAUUCCCUUUUAACAGUAACUGUUGGACUAUUAUAAAUUCCACAUUCUAUUUUGUUCACCAUUGACAUUGAUUUAAUUAAGCUGGACACAAGCACUUGGAGGAGAAUUGUAGGUUGUUUUUAAAAGUUAGGGAAAAAUAUUACAUUUAGUAAAAGAAAUCAUUACAGCUAAAUUAAUGUUGACAUAUUUGCUCAUUUGGGAUCUUCCCUGUCACCCAUUUUGCUUUGCUAUUUGCUUUUCAGACUGUUAGCUAAUGUUUGUGGGGAAUAUAAAAAUGUUUUUGUACGUUUGUGAACGUUGAAUAGCAUUAGCUAACAUUCACCUUGUUGAACACACGUUUGGAUAACAGCCGUUACUUAUCCAUACCAGUCCUGUUUGAUGAAUCGUUAGUCUGCGAUUUCCAAAAUUUUUGCCGUGCCAAUGUAGACAAUCAUUGAGAAAAGGAAAAGGGAUGCCUUUCAGAUCUGAUUAAGCUCAGAUGGCAGCCCCUCUCAGCUCCCUUAUUUUUCCCCCUCUUUGUCUGCUUGUACCUCUCCCUUCCUUCCUCCUUCCCAUGCUCUGUCACCCCUUCUUCCUCCCCUUUUCCCUCUCUCCACUGUCUCUUUCUCUGUGGCCAUCAUGGUGCUCUGUGCAUUAGGUGUUCUCGGUAGAGGUGGGGUAAUGUGAGGAUUCAUGCAGAAAAUGGAUGCCAAAUUCAGUCAGUGUGCUUAGUUUGGCUAUUUUUUAAUGUUGAUUAUUGGACAGUGUUACCAAAUUUACGAGGUGCAUUUACAUUGCAUGUAAACAGUUUUUUUUCCUGCAUUCUUUAAAAAGAACUCAGACUCAGCAUAUGUUGACUGGAAUUUAUAUGUAUGCUCAGUACAUACAGAUUAAUGCAUGGAUGUCCUGUGCCAUAUGCCGAUGUGUGUGUAUACAUAUACACACACACACACACACACACACGUAUUACAUAUAUGACUACACAGACAUCUAACCACCAUUACCAUAAACUCUUUGAUGGGAUUAAUUUAAGUCUGUAACAUUUUUUAUAUGAAGUAAAGGUUUACAGUUUACAUAAAUAUUAUUGACAUUAUUCAUGAAAGCAUACAGAUCUUACAGUUAUGCCAUUUAAUAAUGUCCCUUUUUAUAGCUGGGGAAUGACACAUUUUUUUAUAUUUGCGCUGUUGUACAGUACCAUAUGUUGUAUGUUAAUGUUGUGAGGAAAUUUAUGGAUUUUCAAUUUAAUUUCUUUGUUGGUUCCAAAGUGCACAGUGUUCAUUUAUUUCUAAAUUUGUCAUCUUAAACAUUAUGGGUCCUUUGCAAAGUCAUAUAUAUAUACACACUGUAUAUUAAUUGGUAAGUGUUGGAGUGUUUUUUUGUGAAUUGUGAAUCUCACCUAUGCAUUCUCAUACCAUUAUGUUUUGUUUUUAUUGAUGAUGAAAAGUCUUGUAAUAUAGAGGUGUUGAGUUGUUCGAUGUCCCAGAUGUAUUUGUUUAAAAUAGUUGUAUAAGUUAAAAAUGAAGUAUAUAGAUAUUAGGUGAUGCAAUGAUUUAAUGCUCUGCUUUUUUGGUAAACCAACACUGUUAUUCUUGUAUUUAGCUGCAGUUUAAAAAAACAUUUUAAACAGUAAAAAAGAGAAUAUGAUGCUUAAAGUCAUAAACAAUAAAACAAAAGAUGCGGUGGACAGUUUUAAGUAGACAUUGAAUCAAUGGACCAAUUUUUAGACUCCUGAAAAUUAUAAAAUUGCACUUCUUAAUCUUUAAAGAUUUUAUAACCAAGUCUUGUGAAUGGAGUAUGAGAGUAAUAUGUUGGUUAUUCUAUUAAAAAGCUGUUACAUGUACAGUAAAUAAUUAGAUUUUUAUCAUGUGAUUUACAGUCAAGAAGAGAACGCAAUUACAGUGAUGUUGAUUGGUGAGUGAUUGAAUUAUAAAAGAAACUAAUUAAAAUCUUACAAUGAAUAAUAUAGAUCUAUAUAUUCACCAGCUGGUUUGUGUUGUUAUUGAAAUGGGCCAGAAAUGAAGCCUGCUGGAGAGCACUAACAGACUUAUGAAUGAUCACUGCUUAACAGCGUGACCCAGAGAAAACCUUACAGUUAUACGUUAAUGCUCUCUUAAACUGCUCACUGAGGUUCAAGUGCCUAACAUUACAGUAUGAUGUAAUACAAAAAUAAACAGCUCAGAAAGGAAAAUGUGUGCAACAACAAUCUUUAGCAUUUGCUGUAAUGAAGCCAUAAUUGUACAUAAAUUAUGUUACCUAAGAAA